CUCACCCGGCCCAGGUCCUGAACCACAGAUGGGCCCACUUCCAUGCCCCGCGUGCUCGCCCCAGUUCCUCGACUCCUUCCUCGUUUCCAACCCUCCUCCCCUUUUCCGUCGCGCAUCUGAAGCGAGGCGUCGUGGCGGUUUUGACUCGGAUCAUGGUGCGCAGCUCGAGCAGGUAGAGGAGAGCCGACCUGAGGCGGGCGGGGCUUGGGAGGCGCGGAUCGUAGGGGCAGGAGGUCAAGGGGAAGCCGAGGGAGCGGGGAGGAUGGUGCUGGUGCUCGCGCUGGGGGAUCUGCACAUCCCGCACCGGGCGCCCGACCUGCCCGCCAAGUUCAAGUCCAUGCUCGUGCCCGGCAAGAUCCAGCACAUCAUCUGCACCGGCAACCUCUGCAUCAAGGAAGUCCAUGACUCUCUAAAAAGCCUUUGUCCUGAUCUCCACAUAACCAGAGGUGAAUAUGAUGAGGAUGCUCGGUACCCAGAGACUAAGACACUUACAAUUGGUCAAUUUAAGCUCGGGCUGUGCCAUGGUCAUCAGGUUGUUCCGUGGGGCGACCUAGACUCCCUGGCGAUGCUUCAGCGGCAGCUGGACGUGGACAUCCUGGUGACGGGGCACACCCACCAGUUCAAGGCGUACAAGCAUGAGGGCGGCGUGGUGAUCAACCCCGGGUCGGCCACAGGCGCCUACAGCAGCAUCACCUAUGACGUGAACCCGAGCUUCGUGCUGAUGGACAUUGAUGGCCUGCGCGUGGUGGUGUACGUCUACGAGCUGAUCGACGGUGAGGUGAAGGUGGACAAGAUUGACUUCAAGAAGACGGCCACGACGAUGCAUGCGUAGCUCUGGCUCUCAGCACGGCGCAGAGGACACUGAAAUGGAUUCCGGACAUGUCUAGUUCCUUCCUGUUGCCCUCACUCCCCACCCCUCCGAAGCUACCUGAAGUCUUUUUUUUUCCCCUACCGAUUGUGCUCGCCUGUUCAUUUGUAAAAAAAAAAGACAGCUGCUUUUACGGAUUAGUUGACCAGAUUGUCAGGGUGGAUGUUAAAUGCUGAGCGUGUAGUGAAUUUGAAGUUUUAAUCAAGAACAGGCGAACCUUGAUUUGUGUUUAUAACAAAAUAGAGGAAAUAAUGGGGGUACUUUCUGAUGUUUCGUAUUUAUCACAUCAUGUAAAGUAACGUUUUGUUAAAAAAAAGAAAAGGAAAAUAGAAGAUGAAAA